GUGUGUGAAGAGUAGAAAUUGGAAAAAAAUAAAAAUAAAGUGUGACCGACAAUAAAAUUAAAAGAAAAAAAAGAUUCGAUCUUUUGUAAAAAGAAACUAAAAGCAGCAGUACGCAAUUCAAUAACACAUCUAUUUUUAUUCAUUAAAUUUGACGAACAAAACAUGUCGACAGCAAUUAUGUCAACCGGAGGCGUAUGUUGGGAUUACAACAAAUUCCACGGCGACUGGAAUGAUUCGAAUGAUGUUGCUGAUAUCCAAUUAAAGGAUCAAUACAGUUAUGGAUCGAUUGCCCAUCAACAGCAACCACAAUCAAUUGGAACCAACAGAGUCGGAGCACAAACAAUGCGAAACUCAAUAAACGGUUUGCACACACUUCCGAAUGGUGUGUCAAUGGGUUCAGACGCUCAAUUACUUCAAAAUCAAAUUGCUGCGAUCCAACAACAGCAACAACAACAACAAAAAAUGUUGCACAACGCACUCACUCGAACAAUUUCACAUCAGCCAACAAACAGUGAUUUGCAAUUAUUGCAAUCAAAUCUUGAUGCGAUCACAUCAAGUGAAUGCCAUCGCAAAUUGGAAAGAACACAAUCAGAGCCAGCACCACAAGUCAAUCAACAGGUGAACACAUCAAGAUACAAGACAGAAUUGUGUCGCCCAUUCAAGGAGACCGGCGAAUGCAAAUACGGUGAAAAAUGUCAAUUUGCUCAUGGUGAAAAUGAAUUGCGCACAGUUCAACGUCAUCCAAAAUACAAGACCGAAUAUUGUCGUACAUUCUAUGGCGUUGGUUUGUGCCCAUAUGGAUCACGUUGUCAUUUCUUACACGAUUUAUCUGACGAUGAUAAUACUCGUGCACAAAAUAAUCGUGCGAAUGCUAAUCGCAAUGAAUCGGCUGCCAUUCCAACAGCAAAUGGUCGCAUUGCCGCCCAUCAAAAUGGUUUCGGUCGUAAUAUUACAUCGGCCGAAGUGGAUGCAAUCACAAAAGCGGCCCGUUUCAUUGGCACAAUCAAAGAUGAACCAAUGCCAAUGGCAAGUCAUCGUACAUUUGGACGCAGUGCAUCAUUGAUGAAUACAAAUGCGAUUGCAUCGAUUGGUGGUGUUCAUCCAUUGCCAAUGAGUCCACCAUUGAGCAUGUCAACUGGAUCGGAUCGUGCAUCACCAAUUUGCUCACUCAGUCCAACCAAUUCGAUUGCCAGUUUUCCAUUUACCGAACAAAAUUCAACAUUCGGUGUGAAUAAUGUAAACAAUUUGACAAAUGGAAUUUAUUCGUCACAUAUUACACCGCCCGCUUCACCGCCAGCCAUGGUGACUGUUACACCGCCACCAACACCGAUUCUUGCUGCUGCUGGAGCCACCAAAUCCAUACCAAUCAAUGUGAAUGGCAUUUCAAAUGCAGAAAAAUCACGUUUACCGAUUUUCAAUCAGAUUAGCUGCGCAAGCACAAUCAACACGCUCAAAAAUUUACCAUUGUAAAUUGAUCUCUACAGAGAUGCAAUAUAAUCGGAGAGCCGCACAACAAACAACGCACGUGUGAACACUACAAUCAAAUUAUGAUAAAAGAAAAAAACUAAAAUAACACAGAAAAAUACACAUCGAAAGACGAUUAGACGCAAGUACUACUAUCAAAGCAAAACAAAAACCCAAUCAAAUAAGUUAAUGUGGAAGAAAAAUGCCUCGUUAGUUAUUUAAAACAAAAAAGCGCAUUCAACAUUUUUGGAAAUUUUGGCUUUUUUGUUCUGUUUAUUGUUUCAUUCUUAUCGGCGAUCUUAAUUGUUUUCACUUUUUUUUCUUUUCUUUUGGGCCGAACUAAUCGCACAAAAUAAUAUCUAAUAUCUAAUUUUUAUUUGUAUAUAAAUUUGCACACCGUUACAUAAUGUAUACGCGCGCGUUCAUUGAAAUAUUAUGCCUCCCCUCGCGAUUUAUAUGCACACUUUUGAUUGAUUGAGUUUCUUUUUUCUUUAUCGAGUGGUCAUUUUACUCGUGACUAUAUUAAUUAAAUAUCUAAUUUAAUUAUUUUUUUAAUUUUAUUAUACUUAUACAUCUAUGUUUUUCCGCUAAUUUAAAAAAAAAAACAUUUAUUUUGAGUUUUUCGUUAAAAAAAAUCGAACGAAAUGUACUACUUUGCAAAAAAAAAUCGUAGCCCAAUCAAAAUGGAAUGAAUUCCGAAAAGAAAAAAAAAUCAAUCAAAAAUUGAUUCAUUCAAAAAGGAGGGGCGUUUCGAUCAAAAAUUACAUGAAUAGCAAAGGAGAAGGGUAUUUACUGAAAAACAACAACCUCAAAAAAAAUUAAUGUGAUUUUCAGUGAUGACAUUCUCAUUUUUGGGUGAAUAAGUACAAUGUCAGAUUUGUCUUUCAAUUACAAUGUGUCAUGUUUCUCAACUAAUUCUCACUGCAACAAAAAAAAAAAAAAAAAUGAGAAAGUCAUCUCUGGUGAUUUAUAAAAAAACACACACACUUCCUUUUCUAUUCGAUGUCAUCAAAAGCACUUAUUCUAAUUUAUUUAAAUUAAUUAAAAACGUUACAGAAUGUCUGUCUGUAUUCAAGAAAUCAAUUCACAGCAAGUAGACAAACAAAAAGACAAAAAAAAAA